AUGGGACAUUCGCCCUGGGUAGGUGUAAGACUUAGCUUCAGUUCAAGCACCGAUGGCGAUAAGGCCAAUUUAUACCCAGUGUUUAUUCAGACCCAUAUAUCCACACCAAGUGGCGAUAAGGCCAAUUUAUACCCAGUGUUUAUUCAGACCCAUAUAUCCACACCAAGUGGCGGUAAGGCCAAUAUAGACUUAGUGUUUAUUCAGACCAAUAUAUCCACACCAAGUGGCGGUAAGGCCAAUAUAGACCCAGUGUUUAUUCAGACCAAUAUAUCCACACCAAGUGGAGGUAAGGCCAAUAUAGACCCAGUGUUUAUUCAGACCCAAAUAUUCACACCCAGUGGCGAUAAGGCGAAUUUAUACCCAGUGUAUAUUCAGACCAAUAUAUCCACACCCAGUGGUGGUAAGGCCAAGUUAUACCCAGUAUAUAUUCAGACCAAUAUAUCCACACCAAGUGGUGGGAAGGCCAAUAUAGACCCAGUGUUUAUUAAGACCAAUAUAUUUACAUCCAGUGGCGGUAAGGCCAAUAUAGACCCAGUGUAUAUUCAGACCAAUAUAUCCACACCAAGUGGUGGGAAGGCCAAUAUAGACCCAGUAUUUAUUCAGACCAAUAUAUCCACACCAAGUGGUGAUAAGGCCAAUAUAGACCCAGUGUGUAUUCAGACCCAAAUAUCCACACCCAGUGACGAUAAGGCGAAUUUAUACCCAGUGUAUAUUCAGACCAAUAUAUCCACACUCAGUGGCGGUAAGGCCAAUAUAGACCCAGUGUUUAUUCAGACCAAUAUAUCCACACCAAGUGGCGGUAAGGCCAAUAUAUACCCAAUAUUUAUUCAGACCAAUAUAUCCACACCAAGUGGGGGUGGCGGUAAGGCCAAUAUAGACCCAGUGUUUAUUCAGACCAAUAUAUCCACACCAAGUGGCGGUAAGGCCAAUAUAGACCCAGUAUUUAUUCAGACCAAUAUAUCCACACCAAGUGGUGGUAAGGCCAAUAAAGACCCAGUGUUUAUUCAGACCAAUAUAUCUACACCCAAUGGCGGUAACGCCAAUUUAUACCCAGUGUAUAUUCAGACCAAUAUAUCUACACCCAAUGGCAGUAAGGCCAAUUUACACCCAGUGUAUAUCCAGACCAAUAUAUCUACACCCAAUGGCGGUAAGGCCAAUUUAUACCCAGUGUAUAUUCAGACCAAUAUAUCUACACCCAAUGGCGGUAAGGCCAAUUUAUACCCAGUGUAUAUUCAGACCAAUAUAUCUACACCCAAUGGCGGUAAGGCCAAUUUAUACCCAGUGUAUAUUCAGACCAAUAUAUCUACACCCAAUGGCGGUAAGGCAAAUUUAUACCUAGUGUUAUUCAGACUAAUAUUUCUACACCCAAUGGCGUCAACUGAUGUACUUGCAUCACCAUGCUUAGUGUACCAGACAGAGUCUCCUGUACCGAAUGUACCAGAUAGGAACAUCGUUGAUAUGCCAGUCAUGGAGGAUCUAAAUGAAAUACAAAGCUCUCCUGUGUCCUCUAAUACUGGUGUACUUAAAGAUGUAGUGGCUUUUGUUGAAGUACGAUCCAAAGCUGAGAAUCGAAGUCGAGCAGUCGCUAAACAGUUAGAACUCCUUGGUGCAAGGGUUUCUCCAAAACUGACUGAUGAUGUAACACAUCUGGUCUGGAAGGAAGGUAAAAACAGUAAUAAAACCAAGGCUAUGAAGAAAGGAAUUCAUUUGGUGUCUGUGUUAUGGGUCGAAAGUUGUCGUCAGAACCAGGAGCAUGUGUCUGAAGUUCUAUUUCCAAUUCUCAGUGAUGACGAUACUGCAGCACUUCCUAUGGUUAAGAAACGGAGAAUGAAAUCAAUGCAACCGUGCACACUUGAAGAAGACAUGCAGAAAAUGGAAGCCAAAUAUGAAAAAAAAUGGAAAAAGAAAAUAGCGGCUUUCAACGCUGACACUUUAGGGAGUCCAGGGACACCGAACUCAAUCAGAGACCACUUCAGCCCAGCUGGCAGUAUUUUUACACCGCCUUUACGCAUCAUUGUACCAAAGACUCCGCCAAGUAUGAGGGAAAAAAUGAGAAUAAUGCGUGAAAACCAGGCCUUGAAAUUAGGGUUAAGCUGUGAAAGGCCAGUAGUUGGUAGAUCUCCAUUAGCGUUAGCAGAAGAAAACCCAACCCCAGACGUAAAAAGAAAAAGAUUAUUUUCAUUCAGUAAUCUGAGUUCUGAAUCGUCAGAUGAGGACAGUCAUUUGCAGAAGCUUCUUUCAGAGACGCUCUCUAAGAAAGUGAAAUCCUUGAAAAGAGCGAGGAGUAAAAAACAGCUCCAGGAUUCCCCGUCUACGAGUCAUCCACUCUUUGAUUUGUCGGAAAAUGAAGCAUGUGAUGAUGGUGACAACUUUGAUGGGAAGGAAGAUGAAGAAAUUAAGGAUUCUUCUAAACUUCUCCAUGUUAGGAAUAUUGAUGUCGAGAAUGAACAUGAAAAACGUAAACUUCAUCCUGAUGACGUGAACAUGGGAAGAAGCUUCGUUCGUCAAACCGAUCAAAAUCCAAACCAGAAAGAGAGACGACUGAAAAGUUUAGGUGAUGUUGGUAACAUUAUUCAUGCAUCUCCCAAUAGGAGAAGAUCAAUGAAGACUGUGCUUGGUAACACAGAACAAUCCAACAUACUCAGUUCAGAUCAGAAGAGGCAAGAGAAUGGGCAGACUAGCAAUAUGAAAGUUGUUUCCAGACGUAGAUCGGUGAGAACAAAGAAAUUGGUAACUGCGAGCAACGAGUCAGAUGCUGAUAACUUACUACAUAGUACGAUACAGCACGAAUCAACCUCAAAUCAAAGCUCCGGAUUGGUUGUUGACGAUGAUAGGGCAAAAAAGAGGUCCAUGAGUUUGAGUGAUGUUGGAAAUAUUAUUCAUGUCUCAUCUGAUGAAGUAGGGCAGCCCAUCCAGAUUAAGACGCUUAAGGAGAAAUCUAAGAAACUCAGGUAUGUUGUGAAAGAUCCUGAUGUUGGAAAAGGUCAAGAAAAUGAAAUGAAAAGCAACAAGAAUGGGAAACCUACCUCGAGAAGAAGAUCCGUGAAAGUACCGACAGCGAUGGAUACGUCUGAAACUUCUCAAACCGAGAGUCUUGAUGAUGACGAUGAUAACAUUUUACUCAUCCCGAUUGAAGACGAUAAAAGAAAUGUUCAUGGACAAAAAUCUGUAUGUUUGGAUUUAGAUGAUGUGAAAGAUGAAAUUAAACAGUCAGUUAAACUGCCUUCAAAACGAUCUGUGUCCCUAGGUGGGCUUGAUAAUAUUGGCCUUAGCACUAAAGUUGUCAUGGCAAGUGAACAUAGUGGCUCAAAGAAUACCAUAAAUAAAAGACUCAACGAAUUAAAACAAACAAGUGAAUCCCAGUCGAGAAGAAAGUCUGUUUCAUGGUGCGGUAAUGUGGGAGGUGGGGAGAAAGUCCAAGGUGAGGCUGAUUUAAUGUUGAAUAAAAAUACUAGGAAGGUUGAGGAACCAAGGCGACGCAGGUCCAUUUCCAGGAAAACAGAUGCAGAGGAAAUAGGAGACAGUGAAUCAGGGGAUAAAGCAAGUGAGGAAAAAACAGACAAAAACAGACAGAAAUCUGUUCUUCAUGAAACAGAGGGAAAUCUUGAGUUACCAGUCCCAAUAGAUGACAACACUCAGAAUAGUCGACCGACCAAAAAAAGAAAAUUAUUUUCGGCAAAUUCAAUGCCUCUGCUUACAGAACAGUUAAUAGAACCACGGGAAACAACGAAGUACAAAGACAAAGAGACUAUUGUUGUCGAAAAAGCAAGUGGAAGGCCAAGAAGAAAGUCAGUAACAAAGAUUGUCUCUGAAAAGAGACGAGCUGACAGUGUUCCAGAAACAAAUGUAAAUGCAAAAAAAAGACACAAGCAAGAAGAAUUUCGUCAGAUUUUGAACUCCAUGAUGAGCAGUAGCGAUGACGAUUCAGACGACGAGUCGGCAAGUCAGACUGUCGUCACAGAGAUACGCAAAGGUCGUAAAAGUAUAGACGACUUCAAUCUAGCAGUUGCAAGUGCCAGGAAAAAGCGUCUUCGUCCUGUAGACAGCAUGUCUUCUGAAUCUGAAAAUGAAUGGGAUCAACCUGACAACACAAAAUCUAAAAAGUCGGUGAAACGACGAAAAUUGGUUAAAAAUAAGCCAAAGAAGACAUUGGUAAUGACAAGCAUUCCAAAAUGUGAACAAGACUUGGUUUUAUCUGUUGUGAAAAAACUCCAAGGGUUUGACAUAGUAGAUUCUGUGGUGGACAACACAACGCAUGUAGUAUGUGGAGGAAACAGACGAACAUUGAAUGUCUUAUCUGCCAUUGCUAGAGGCUGUUGGUUACUCAGUAUGGAAUGGGUACUGAAGUCAUUAGAAGCAAGCAAGUGGGUUGAGGAGGAGCCAUAUGAACUUCACGACUUCUUUCCUGCCGCCCAGAUUUCCAGACUGGAGAAACAAGCAAAUGGCGUUGAAGAUGACUAUCGUCAAGAUAUAUUCAUAACCGCAAGCCCACUCUACAUUGCUGAAAAUAGUCUGCCGCCACAAAACCGAUUGACAGAGUUGGUGACUCUUUGCGGAGGAACCGUAUGCAACACGUUGCGCACCGCGAGGCUGUGUGUCGGGAAAACAAAAAUUAAAAACGAUGUGCCAAUGAUAGAAGAAAAAUGGAUUUUAGACCCAAUUCCAUUUUUCUUUUUCAGAUUGUAUUACCCAGCAUGCAAUACUGCCUCUGGAUGGUUAUUACAUUCAGUGAUGUUUGACCUAGGUUCGCCGCAGCAGAGAUAG